AUGGUAAGGCACGAACAUGUCAAACUCGAAUCUGAAACCAACCUGUUCCCAAUUGAUGAAGUUAUUCGCAGACAUCCCUACUACACCACUGUUCGCGUAAUCACUACUCCAUUAGCGAACUUCACUCCAAAACCAUUUUUGCAUGAAGUUUCCACAACUACAAACUUGAUAGAACUCAUACAACUCAGAAUGAAUGCUAGUCAGUCAUAUAUCGAAGCAAUUCCUCUAGACCAAGUUGACGUCGAAGCUGCAUUUCAGAACAAGUUGCAAUUUUAUGGCUCAAAGAAUGAGGUAAUUUUACACAUUGAUCAAGCAUCGUAUCAGAAAUUGCCCAACUUGCAAAAAGAUCAAACCCAUGAUCGUUAUGGUUCUGUAUCUUCAUUCGAACAUGCUCAAGUAAAGAGACUUACCGAUUACAAGAUCGGCCAUGGUGAAAACAAUUACUCUCGAUAUAGAUACAAAAUAAAAAUUAAAUUCUCACAACCUGAACUCGAAUACAUCAUCAAGACGCUAUUCAACAAUGUACGCACCGAAUCAUACAUCUAUGACCCAGAAAUGGACUUGCCAAUACCCGAAUGCGAAGAAGAUAUAGUAAGGAUGCCCUUAUCACCCGCCCAUCAAACAGAACUAGAUGACCAUAAAACACAAGCCCGUGAAUUGACUACGCUAUUUGCAAAUUUGGAGCCACAUCAAAUAACAAAUUACCAGCAAUAUAAUACCUUCCCGUUGCCUCGCUAUACUAUGCACAAUGUUUAUUGUGAAUCUAUCACGCAAUCAGAUUGGGUGAUGCUUUCGUUGCACACUAGAGAUACGCAUACGUUUAUUGAAAAAGAUGGAUUGGUUGCAAAAGUUCGCGAAGAAAAAUGA